UGGAACAGACGCCCUCUCCUUGCCCCAGUUGGAGCUGCAGUAGAAUGAAAAGGGAGGGGGGUGGGAAGGAGGGAGGAGAGGAGGGAAAAAAACCCUCUUUUGGUUGAGGUUUUCCUGUUACUAUCACUGUAGCGUUUAUUUAGCCAAUCUCCUAACUAUGACGUGAGGAAGGCAGGAAUCAUGGCUCGCUCAUAAUAUUUAACACACCCACUGAAAGCUGGAGCUGCAGAGCUACUAGUCCAACCAGUCUCCAGAAUUCAGUGUAGCUGAAAGAGGUUUUCACUCUGCACCUGCCAAAGAUCUCUCCCCCCUUUUCCUUCUCUCCCCCUUCUCUCUUCCAUUCUCUCUUUAAAAGAAAGAUCUGUAAGACCCAGCAGAGAUCAAAGACCUCUUCGCUAAAAAGAACCUCUACUGAUUUAUAUUAGUUUCUUUCCUCUAAUCCUUCCUUCUCUCCCCUCUUUUUUUUUUUUUUUCUGUGCCAUAUUUAACCUUUAUGUUGCAGUUGUGCCAUCAGACAGUUUUGCAGCCAAAAAAAAACAACCCAAGCCAAAGCACAAGCCCAGCUCGGAUACAGCAGCCACCCAGACUCGAUCUCAGUUAACUUACUAAUCUCUCCCAAGCACUGGACGCGAUGGAUGAAGAAACGGGAACCGCUCUAAGAAAAUGAUUUUCCAGCCAAUGUUCUUAAAGAGUCUGAGAGAAGAGAGGGAGCAAGAGCGAGCGGGGAGCGCUUCUGCUGCAUCACUGCUCAAAUCCAAGGGAAAGGAGUCAGCGUUUCCAGCACAGCCAAAUAUUAUGGAUGAUUUUUUUUCUUCUGUCGUCUUUCUGCACAGGUUUUCUUAAUAUUUUUAUUUUCCCCCUCCUCCUCCCCAUUUUUUUUUUUAAUUUUAUUUAAUCAGCGCCUGUGUCUGAUGCCGGUUUCUUUCCAAGAGCCAGUUUUCCCUGUUUGUUGUGAUCUCUGUAAUAAAAAGAGGGAGAAAUCGUGAACAGAUGGCUUUCUAUAUUACCAUGCCGCUGGCAUUGUUUUCCUGUUGAUUUUAAAAGCUCGGUCCGGAGCUCCUUUUUUUUUCUCUUUUUAAAUUUUUUUUUCCCUUUUAUUUUUUUUUCCCUCCCCCUCCCAAGUUCUUGAUGAUACUGAGACAUGAGGACCUAUCGGGUUUAGCCUGUUUAUUUCCCGGCGCCUAUGGAGGUAACUUUAUUGACUUGAUCUCUCGCUUCCCGACCCGAGAGGAGCACGCCGGAGCCCCGGGGGGGGCCCGGCAGCCCCGCGCCCGCCCGGGCUCUGUCCGCCGCCUCCCCUCCUUCCCCCUCCCCCGGUAAUUCAUCAGCCGCUCCGGCCAUGAAAAUGCUCCUGGUCCGCAAGUUCCGGGUGCUGAUCCUGAUGGUGUUCCUCGUCGCCUGCACCAUGCACAUCAUGAUCGACCUGCUGCCGCGCCUGGAGCGCCGGGGCCCCGAGGGCCGCCCGGGCUGCUCCUGCCCGCAGCCCGCCGCCGCGCCGCCCCGCGCCGCCGCUCCGCGCUGGCCCAGCAAGCACACGCUGCGGAUCCUGCAGGACUUCAGCGCCGAGCCGGCCUCCAACCUCUCGUCGCAGNGGAGGGCGCGGCGCUUGAUCGGCCCCGGGGCGCCGCGCCCGCCGCCCCCCGCCGGCAACGCCGCCCCGCUGGCCGCGCUCUUCGAGCACCCGCUGUACCGCAACGCCCUGCCCCCGCUGGCCGACGGCGACCUCCUCUUCAAUGUCAACAGCGACAUCAGGUUCAACCCGCGGGCGGCCGAGCAGCCCGAGUGGCAAAAUGAAGAUCAUCAUGAAGAAUUUUUGCCGACUGGAGAAACCUCCAUAGACUCCUACCCAAACUGGUUAAAAUUCCACAUUGGCAUUAAUCGGUACGAGCUGUAUUCCAGACAUAAUCCUGCAAUUGAGGCUUUACUACAAGACCUUGUCUCCCAAAAGAUAACCAGUGUUGCUAUGAAAUCAGGAGGCACCCAGCUGAAGCUGAUCAUGACAUUCCAGAACUAUGGACAAGCAUUGUUUAAACCAAUGAAGCAAACCAGAGAACAAGAAACCCCGCCUGACUUUUUUUACUUCUCAGACUAUGAGAGACAUAAUGCAGAAAUAGCAGCAUUUCAUCUCGACAGGAUCCUGGAUUUCCGGCGCGUGCCCCCGGUCGCAGGCAGACUGGUUAACAUGACGAGGGAAAUACGAGAUGUUACUCGUGACAAGAAGCUGUGGAGAACAUUUUUCAUCUCACCAGCCAACAACAUCUGCUUCUAUGGGGAAUGCUCCUACUACUGCUCAACAGAGCACGCCCUGUGUGGGAAACCAGAUCAGAUCGAAGGGUCCCUGGCUGCUUUCCUGCCUGAUUUGUCACUAGCAAAAAGGAAAACCUGGAGAAACCCCUGGAGGCGUUCCUACCACAAGCGCAAGAAAGCAGAAUGGGAAGUUGAUCCAGAUUAUUGUGAAGAGGUUAAGCAAACACCUCCAUAUGACAGUGGGACCAGAAUUCUGGAUAUAAUGGAUAUGACAGUUUUUGAUUUCCUAAUGGGUAACAUGGAUCGACAUCACUACGAAACCUUUGAGAAGUUUGGAAAUGAAACUUUUAUUAUCCACUUAGACAAUGGAAGAGGGUUUGGAAAAUAUUCCCAUGAUGAACUUUCCAUUUUGGUGCCUUUAAACCAGUGCUGCAGAAUCAGGAAGUCUACCUAUCUGCGAUUACAGCUGCUAGCCAAGGAGGAGUACAAACUCAGUCUCCUGAUGAAAGAAUCUUUGCUAAAAGACAAAAUAGCUCCAAUCCUCUACCAGCCUCACUUGGAGGCGAUGGACAGGCGGCUGCGGAUUGUGCUCAAGGCUGUCAGUGACUGCAUAGAGAAGGAUGGGUAUGACAACGUGGUUGAAAAUGACUUUAACAUGGAUGUUAACACUGUUACAACUGAGAGGUAGUGAAAUGGCAAGACUACGUUUUUACCAGCUGAGUUGAGAAGAUUCAAAGAAGGAAAAGAAAAGAAACAAAACAACAACAACAAAAAAAUAAAGUCUUGCAAAAGACUGUGUAUGCUACUUUGUGAAUUCAGUGAAUUCAGAAAUGAGAUAUAAUUGUUCCCAAAGUAGGUAAAGUGUAGACUCUGCAAAGGAUUAGUUCAUUAAGAAAAAUAAGUCUAAUGUGAUGCUUUUCAUUAGUUCCUGAAGAGAGAUUAUGAAAAGAUUCAGAAAAUACUCAAUCACGGACAGACAGCAGUCUGAUAGCAAAACACCUCCUGUCCUUUUUGUAUAGAAAGGAGGCCUUUACUUAAUAUUUUGUAUUUAUAUAUGGUAUAUCUAUGAAACCCCAGACCUACCUUCCAAAUUUAACUAAGAGGGACAGCAUAGUUUUGUGACUCACACUUUAUUUGUGGUGACAGUCCACUUAGUAUUUUGUGUUAACCCUUUAAGUGCUCUAAUCCACUGUAUCUUAUUUAAAUUGAAUGCUUAUUUUCCCCCCAGCUACUCAGCAUUUAAAGGGUUAAGGCAUAAUGAACUUUUAAAGGCAAAAAAUAAUAAUAAUAAAUAUGAUAAUAAUGAUAAUAAAUACAGGGGUUACCAGAAGGGAAUUUCACUAAUUGUGCUUUGACAGGAAUACUUGAAUGUUGGUUUUACAAAGUGAUGUAAAAUGACAAGUUGUACUAUUUGUCCAUAAGGAGGUGGCAGCUCUUAUCUUUCUAGACUAUCAUAGCUGAGCUGCUACUUUUCAAUUUUGCUUUUGAUAGUUUUGUGUAAAUAUAUACAUAUAUGGGUAAAAAGCUGCUUUCAGCAGCUCUAGGCUUACUUUUGCAGCAUUUUUGUGGAAUUGUUUGCAACGUGGUAAAAGUGCAAUAAAGAUAUGCAAAAUGUGUA